UCACAAUUUAUUCAUGCUUUGCAACAGCUAGAUUUGCUUUUUUUGUUUAUGCAUCAGGUGUUACUUUUAUUGAAACUCACGAUUAUUGGAAUUGAAUAUAGGCUUUUCGAAUACCAUUAAAAGUUGUAAUAUAUGUGCUUACGGUGAAUUCUAAUCUUAUAUCCGGAUUGAAUAAAUUCACGUGUAAGUUCAUAAUGAAUAUGAUUCGUUCGGUAUCAGCGUUUGAGCAGAACUCGAACCGGCGACAUGCGCUUCAAAUGCCACAUCUCCCGGACCCCGGCAAGAUUGACAGUCAAUUUGCAAAUGAUGACAAGCUAGAUUUCUCAAUACGACUUGGAUCAACACUCUCUCGUGGAUUUGAGAUUGGAAAUGACAGGUCAAGGAGGGGCAUGUUGUCAACCCUAGACGAAAGGUCCAUAACUCAUCCUACCAGUAUGUAUCCAUCAGAGAUAGAGCCAAUUAAAACACAUUCGAAAAGUAAUUUGAGCAGACGAAACUCAAGGCGGGGAAGCCUUGCUAUUAAACCGCCAAAAGUUUUCAUGGACAGGGAAACGGCAUUGGCGAAAAUGAAAAGGGUGUUUAAAAUGGUACGGAUUAUUUCUGGAGUUUGUCUUGCACUGAAAAGGUAUGUGAAGCAAUACGAGACAAAGACAUGGUCAUUUAUGGAGAUGUACCUACAUGUGAAGGAAGACCUAAAUCAACUUGUUGCUUUCAAUCCACACAGUUAUGCUAGAGUUGAACCGGAAAGAUUAAAGCUAAAGAAAUUGUUACUGAUAGAUCCUACACGAAGAACAGCGCAUGAUGUUAAAGUAAUACUAGCGUUAAUGCGGGACAACAAAUCAUUCCAGGAUUAUCCGUGUCAUGUACAGUUUGAGCUAGCACGAUGUAUGACAUAUCAAAGCUAUGAAGCAAGACGAGUUGUCCUCAAGCUGGGUCACAGGCCUGAAGCUUUCUAUAUCGUUUUAUCCGGGUUCGUUUUUGCAAAUGUUAAGGAAGUAUGCCCGUCAACCGGAAAGACAUUUAUGAAAACUGUGAAGGAAAUGGGGCCUGGCGACACAUUUGGUGAACUAGCAUUGAUUGAAAAGAGCAGAAGAACUGCGACAAUAGUUUGUAAAACUACAGUUGAACUGCUUGUUAUUUUGAAAGACGACUUUGAUAGCAUCAUUCGUAAUCCAUUAGUGAAACAAAUCGAUGAGCAUGUCACCUUCUGCAAGACGAUGCCUUUGUUCAAAGACUUUCCAUGUGACGAAUUGGCGGAUAAUCCGGCGUAUUUCUUUUAUCAUUUUUUCAAAAAGGGUGAUAUAGUUGUGAAGGACAGCAGAGAAUCCAAAUAUAUCAUAGCAGUUAAGGCUGGAAAGUGUAAUGUUAUAUGCAUGUAUACAGAGAAGAAUAAAAUUAGGAAAAGCAAGCGAAACUUGAAAACACAGAAAGAAAUAAACGCCGCGUUCCCACAAUAUGAUGAUAGGAGGAAUAUAAUGUCCGCCCACCGGAGGCCAAAAACAGAUACUGAGAGACUCAAGGAAAAUAUUUGUCUUGGACUCCUUACCGGUCAAAUAGAUCGUAUACGGUUGGCUGACCACGGUCCAGACGUUCAACGACCAAAAUCGUGUAUCACUUUGUCCGACUUUGAAAAGAAGCUUAGACCACCACCUCUAGUAAAGAGCAAGACACUGAGUGCAUUCUUUGACUCUGUUACAACAAAAAGAAAGUCUGAAUUAAUGACAGACGAGGACUUAAUGUCCGACAUAACCGGAACAUUUUGGGCGAAACGAUUACAACACAUAAGAAAAGUGAAAUCUGCCUCAAAAUACGGACACCGAAGAAUGUUAUCAGCCAGGUCGACAUCAUCCAGAGCGUCUUCAAACCCUUAUUACACUUUGGAGAAAGAUACGUACGCUCAACUUGCCGAACUUGGAAGUGGAGCGGUUUUUGGUUUGGAGUCAUUGGUUCAGAAGCCAGCAACUUGCCUCAGUCUAGUCAGCGAGGGCGCCGAAUGCAUUUUCAUCUCCAAAAGGCUUUUCCUGUCUCUAGCAAAUAUUAAAGUUCUUCGUGUUGUUACAGAUAUGAUUCAAACAUACCCGUCUAAAGAAUUUAUAGAAGAACAAGUUCAAAACUACAGAAAUUGGCAAAAAUACAAGUCUGGGUUGGUUACAGAUGUUUUAAACAGACGUCGUUCUCCGUAAACUCGGAACUUCUUGUGCCAAACAUGACUUGAAACAUACUUUAAUAUUACAUCACAGUGCUAGAAAAAAAACUAGAUCAUAAAUAUUUGAAUUACUCCAUUAGUUAUUAUUAAAGAUGUGUCUAUUGAACCUAAAACAUUUUCCAAAGAAUGCUUGAUAUUGAAGAGAACUGAAAAUGGACACUAACAAAUUAGGUGUCGAUAUAAAAGCUUUUAUAACACUGAAUCUGAUGAAUGGAAUAUAUAUGAAAGCUUAAAUUUAUUGAAUUAUCUCCAUACCAACUGAGCAAUGUGUGGUCUUUUUUCCCAAGAUUGUAUAUUCCUGAUGGAAACGUAUAUUUCUCAAUAUCAUUCGUUUACAAUAAAUAAAAGAUGUGUCAUUUUAA